GUUUGCUUAAAGCGAGUUUAAUUAACCUCACCGCCACUUUAUCCUAUUCGGUUAUAGUUGUGCUUAAGGUAUAAGUCUUGGUCUCGUUAGAGACAUGGUGCGUGUUCUACGUUUUGUGGAUUGGUUAAUGUGAGGUUUUUCUUUUAUAUUCACUCUUUUUGAACUGUAUGCUAAAAUGGAAAGCCAAAGAUGCAAAUCAGUGAAUAUUCGCAAAACAUGGUUGGCUCUGUACCGUAUUGUGUAUUUCGAUCCAAUGAUACUGUAGACUUUUGCUCAACUUUUGCGGCGAGGUUUAUUAAAAUUGGCUUAUGUGACUGUGAGCAAUGCACACGAUUUGUUUCUCGUCUUCAAGUUUAAAAGUCUGCCUUUUUUUCUUUUCACGUUCUUUUUUGAUAUGGAAGCCGGGUUGAUAUCGCUUCUUGAUACGAUCGCUGAUAAAGAUGGCGUGAAAGGGGUACUGCUGGCUGACGACAUGGGCUUGUGUCUUGGAGCACGAGGAAUUGCAAAACCAGAUUCAGCAGCCUUCAUUGCUGCGAUUGCAAGCACAUCGCAGGAACUAAACAAUCAGGGAGAGCCCGACGCGAAUGCACAAUACCCAACGAUCACAGUUGAAUAUGAGGAAUCCAAGGUCGUUAUACGCAAUGAAGGAGCAUUUACAGUGGCAAUAUUUAUGUGAUACAUUCAAUGCAAAGGUCCCAAAUUCCAUUUAAAUCCAUAAAUCACAAUACCGUUUUUUACAAGUGAG